AUGAAAAAGCAUUUGAGCCGGAGCACAGACCGGCAUCUGGUAGUCGCCAUCCGGAGCGUGAGGAUGAAGGUGAUGGUCCGUGUGGCCUGUGCCCUCUUGCUCUUUCGACCGGGAUGCUGGGUGAGAAGUGAAUCGUCGGAUGAAGUGAAGGAGUGUUGCCCAGACCAAGUUCAAUAUGGAGUGUACGACCGAGACACGGGUGCCGUCCGGUGCGAAGGUGUCAGCGAAACGAGCGCAUCUCCCCCACUGCCAGAGUGCGACUCAAAGAAGGAACUGGUCCCGCUCGACCAAACUGAUGGCACCUUCUCCAAGAAUCCAAUCUGCCGGGGAAAAUUCCUGGCCGGGGGAAGGGACAGCAGUAACGGGACAUUUUUCCAGGCUUACCUCUUCUGUCCGUCUGGAGCUGAACGAGAAAAAACAGACCCGAAAAUCCUAAUCCAGAAAUGCUGCCCGUUAGGCGAAGGCUACAGUCGGGUUCAGGAAGAAUGCGUCCCCCUCUCCUUGAACUGGACGUUUCCGGUCUCCGAUCCGAUGACAGGGAAGAUUCGGGAUUCGUCACCGAGCGAAUAUCGGCUCCGUAUCGACAAUCUCACUUCAAUUCCUUGCAAUAAGUAUUUUUUCACCCUGGACACAGACCACGACUUCGUAUCCCUAGAAACCGGAGAGCUGUACUCUCGAUUCGUAGAUUCCACGUUUUCGAACGAGCAGUUCUGUCUGGAUUACGACCAUAUGAUGGACGGAUCCAAGGUAAUUCAGGCCCGGAUUUGCCACCCGAUCGAGAAGAAAAUGCGAGAAUGCGAAGGGAAGGCGUGUGUCCAGAAAUGCUGUCCCGAGAAUGACUUCGUUUACUUGCAUGGAGGUCGCAUCCGAUGCAGACCGGCUGGAAGGCGAUGGGAUCCCAGGAAUUAUUCUCGAUCCGAUCCGGGCCUGAAUCAAUUGGACAAAGACAUUCGUGUGAUCACGGGGCUCCCCGUGUGUGCGCGUCUGCCAUCUACAUAUAUGCGUUUCAUGCCAGACUCCAGCCGGAAUCCAAACGAUGAUUUUUUCUUGAUGCAGACCACAGGAUUAAUUCUAAAGGGACACCGUAACUUUGUCGUCAACGUCCCUCGAUAUUGCAUCGAUGAUACGGGUAACAGCUCUGAGACAUUGGAACCUAUAGCCCUUGUGUGCCAUCCGAAUUAUCAUGAGAUUUUUCGAGUCGCUUCUUCGCUGAUCCUCGCGUCGGCCGUGGUUUUGCUGGUCACCUUUCUUCUUGGCCUCUUCUCCCGAGAGCGAAAGAACCUGCCCGGAAAGAUUCGUCUUCUCUACGUUGGCUGUCUCCUGGUCGCUUCCACUGCCGAAUAUUUGAGUCUGGUCGCCUCGUUCGAUCUUUAUUCGCUCUGUUUGGUUUAUGACUCGGUCAUCAUGUUCGCGUCCCUGGCUGGAUUCUGCUGGCUCAACGUCAUGGGCUUCCAUGUUUGGUGGAAUUUUAGCGUCCCAAUAUCGGGUCUACCGGGGAAGGAGAGGAGAAAUCUGCUUCGCUAUUGUCUGUAUGCAUUCGGGGUCCCGGCGCUCUUGGUCGCGAUCGUCUUCAGCGUGGGAUUCGCUCCGGGCAUCGUCCCUCCGUUCAUCCAGUCCGGAAAGUCUAUCAAGAUAGCGGGAUUUUGCAUGAUCAUUCCGGUGUAUCCUGCUUUAAAGUGGUGCUUCUAUGGUCUAAUGGCUUCGCUCCUGGUGGUUAAUGCCACUUUCUUCACUCUCGCAAGUCGUUACUUGAUUCAGCAUGCCAGGAGCACUGCUCAUCUGACUAGAAGCGGGGAACAGAAACUCCAGACGUUGCGGGUCAUCGAAGUGGACGGAGGAAGGACGUGUCGCCAAGGCCGAGGGCGGUAUGGGGUGUUUGAUCCGGACACGGGUGCCAGACGGUGCCAUUCGGUGCCGUGGUGUCGCCGACGGUGCGAGUGCGCCUCUGCUCGUCUGCUCCGAAUCCAGAAACUUCAGAAACCUUGA